CUCCCCAGAGGAGCUCAACGACGCCAUGUGGUUCGAGUCGGACAUGUACAAGCGGGACAAGGCUAGAUUGGACAAGGCAGACGCUGAGGUUGUGGCUUUCCUCUCUCGGGGGGCGGCGGGGAGCGUCGACGCCGCUGGCUCCCUAGCCGGCUCCCCCGCUACCGGGGCGGGCGGCGGGGAGAGCGUUGACAGAGCAGGGAGUCCAUCUGCAGGUCAGGGACCGGCGGAGCAAGCGACGUUGGCUGAGACGGAGGUCCGCCAGGAACCGGGAAGUACCCCGAUGUCGUUGGCCGCCACCGCCGCCGCCAACAUCCGCCGGGAGCAGGAGCGAGAGCAGGAUAAGGGCGGGGACGAGGGCGAGCACGAGGGCGAGGAGGUGCCUGAGUGGUGGAUCUUCCCCUUCCUGCUUCUCACAGCGGCGUACAGCCCGUGGAGCGGUCAGGCCCCGUCGGAGUGGAAGCACCUCGACUCUUCGGACGGGCCGUCUAAAAAGCGGAAGGGCGGGGACGUCAACGUGGACUCUGAAAACCCCGUGUGCAGCCCCGCGGUGAUGUCUCGCCUCGACCCCAACGGCGACGCUUUGAGCCGCCGCCAACACUUCGCCGCAAUCAAGCGAGAGAAGGAGCAGGAGAGGAAAGCAACGGCCGACAAGGAACUUCAAGAAUCCCGGAAGGAAACCCUUGAGACGAAGAAGAAGGGCCUGGCCGCCUUAGAGGCUGCGAACACAAAUUAUGCUGCGUCUGGGGGACGAGACAGAGAACCGGGCGGAGCUCGAGUUCUUGCCACACAAGUUUAG